ACUUGAUGAAGAAUUCAAACAGACAGAACAAGGUCCGAUAAAGGACGGUGUAACAACGGAAGAUGCUGCGGAGGAGGAAAGCGACGAACUUGAGAGCAUCAAUUCUUUACACCCAUCGUCGAAUACGCUUCUUUCCUUCACGUCCUUCUAUGUAGCGUCUAUUAGGAUGUACUUUAGCCUCGAUAGAUUGAGAGAUCUGAAUAAAGAUAUCGAUGAUGGGAGAGAUAAAAAGAGAUGCGCUUAUGUAAGUGACAGCGACAAACAUAAACCGUGGCAAGCUGUUAACGUAAUCAAUGAACUCUUAUC